CCCCACGCAUUUGUAGUUUUCAUUUUACUUAGCUCUCCGCUGCUAGGCGGUAUGAGUGAUUAAAUCUUCUACCAAAUAACAUUUUAGUAUUCAGAAAAGCUCUACAUCUUUGUGCUUAUUGUAGUCACUGUUUGGCAGCACACGAUCGCGUAGUCACUGCUAUUAUUCGCGAAAAAAAGCUCAUAGCUAGCAUCCUGUAAGCUAGUUUAGCUUUCAACUCUUUCAUUUAACCAUAAAAAAGGCUUAUAAAUUGCUCUUGUAGCCCACUUUACCUGUUGAAUAUGAGCGAUCCAUGGCAGGAAUGUAUGGACUACUGUGUGGAAGUAACAAAACGAGCGGGACAGGUGAUCCGUGACGCGUUGCAGAAGGACAUCGACAUCAUGGAGAAGAGCUCACCGGUCGACCUGGUGACGGAGACAGACCAGAAAGUGGAGCAGCUCAUUAUCUCAUCCAUCCGUGAAAAGUACCCCUCGCACAGCUUCAUAGGUGAGGAGUCUGUUGCUGCAGGAGCCCCUAGCAUUCUGACCGACAACCCCACCUGGAUCAUCGACCCCGUGGAUGGCACCACCAACUUCGUGCACAGGUUUCCCUUCGUGGCCGUGUCCAUUGGUUUCACUGUUAAGAAAGUGAUUGAGUUCGGUAUUGUGUACAGCUGCGUGGAAGAUAAAAUGUACACAGCCAGGAGAGGCAAAGGAGCCUUCUGCAAUGGGAAUCCUAUCAAAGUGUCUGGACAACAAGAUAUCAAGAAGUCUCUGGUGCUGACUGAAAUCAACUUCAAGAAGGACGUAGAGCAGUUCAACACAAUGAUGAAUAAUGUCAAGACUAUCCUCACCAUCCCUGUACAUGGGAUCCGCUCUCCUGGCAGCGCUGCGAUCAACAUGUGCCUGGUGGCCUGUGGCUCUGCAGAUGCGUACUACCACAUGGGCAUCCACUGCUGGGACAUGGCAGGGGGGGCCGCCGUGCUGACUGAAGCAGGGGGAGUUAUCAUGGAUAUAUCAGGCGGGCCUUUCGACCUGAUGUCUCGCAGGUUGAUUGUGGCCAGCAGCAGAGCCAUCGCAGAACGCAUCGUCAAGGAGAUAAAGGAGUUUCCAGUCGGGAGAGACGACCAGUGAAAACCUCGGCCUGCCAAUCACGUACUGUAUUCAAACGCUGUUCAGAAAUGCCUUUACCAUUACUGCAUAUGGCAAGUUUUCAUGUUGUUCUAAUCAUCACUUGGUUUGGUAGGAUAGUACUUAUACAUAUUUAUCAUAUCAAUUAAGUGUCAGUUUGUGGAAAAAAGUUGAAGAAAUACAGGAAGUAGCAGUGAGUUCUAAAAGGCAAUACCUCCACCUAUGUCGUCAUCUGCACCAAAAAUUCCAUCCAAAAUAGAGGAAAUUUCCGCAUGAGGAAGGUAUUUGUCUGGCAGAUUAAACAUUGAUUUAAUAAAAUAAAGAUGUGAUGUAUUUUUAUUAGUCUAAUCAUAACUAUUGUGGAAAUUAGAUUAGGGUAUAUCUCUAUCUAGGUUUAAAGUUUUGAUUACUUUUAUAGCAGAAAUAAAAGAGGGGAUACAUUUAUUUGAUACAUGGGAAUUAGGGGCAACCCCAGAGGAGUCUAAAUUGAGAAAGUUAAAUUUGUGAAAUCUGUGAAAGUGGGUGUUCUUGGAAGUGGUCAUUUGCAGAUAGAACCAUCUAAUUUUGAAAAAGCAUAAUUCAUUUGGAGUUACAAGGUUCUUAUCUUCAAAGCAUGCCCAAAACAAGAACUUAUGUUCUAGUUGUUAACUUAAUUCAAUGUUUUAGAAAAUAUUCUACAUAUUUAAAAAUCAAAUGUGAAAUAUUUUGGCAAAAUUUAACCAGUAUUUUAAAAGAUUAAACAUAUUAUCAGCUAUCAUCAGCUCUAAUCCAGAAACACUUUUACAAAAUACAUAAAAAUGGAUCUGAAAUUUGGGCUUAAAUGCUGUCUUCUGUAACAGAUCAACAAUGGACUGGCAACAUUACAAAUCAGUUGACUGUGAUCAAUUUAAAUUUAUUCUGUGUUUAGGCAAAUAGAACUUCAUAAAACAAAGUUAAUCUUUAACAUUGCAUCUGUUUUUGCUCAUAAAAUCCUCAAACAAGCACCAAACUCCAUAAAAUGUUGAUAUAGUGUACAGUAAGCAGCCGGGAACAAGAAUAUAUGAAUAAAUCAAUGUUGACAAAAAUGUCAGAUAGACCCUUACCUUCUAAGAGGACGUCCUUGUUUACAGUGGCUAGCUGUCAUGGCCAACGCAGGAAGUCAGAUUUAAAAUUUUAAAGAUAUUUCUGUCAUGCAUACAAAUAAUCACAUCUUCGGAAUUACUUAUUUUAUAAAUUUAACCUCUUGCAAAACAGGAUGUUUUUGAACACUUUUUAGCUUGUAGACAUGUUUCUAGUGAGUUAUUGGACAAAUGAUGCUGUAUUUGUCAAAUAUGGAUUGAAUUGUAUAAAGAUGUAUAAUUGCUGGAUAUUGUCAUGGCACAUUUUACAAUUGUAUUCUUAAUGAUUUGCCGUAUUUAAGUUGUGUUUGUGAGAAGAAGGUUUGUUUUUUCUUUUGUAGUUUAUUGAAAAUGAGAACUCUAGGAUAAGUAGUUUCAUGACAG